UCUGUCUCUGGGUUACUUUGAGACAUUUGGAUUGGAAAUUUCCACUUUUCAGGACCUCUAAACUCACAAAAAAUACCCAACUAGAGUGAAGCCUCUUCUGUUUUGUUUUGUGUUUUUUUGCCUGGGGGCGCCUUUGUUUCGCACCUCUGAGGAGUAUACAAAAGGAGCAGCCAUGAACGUGACCAGUUUGUUUUCCUUCACAAGUCCUGCUGUGAAGAGGCUCCUGGGGUGGAAACAGGGCGAUGAAGAAGAAAAAUGGGCCGAGAAAGCUGUGGAUGCUUUGGUGAAGAAACUGAAGAAAAAGAAAGGUGCCAUGGAGGAACUGGAAAAGGCCUUGAGCUGCCCAGGACAACCAAGUAACUGUGUCACCAUCCCACGCUCUCUGGAUGGCAGGCUGCAGGUGUCUCACCGGAAGGGACUGCCCCAUGUCAUAUACUGCCGAGUGUGGCGCUGGCCCGACCUUCAGAGCCACCACGAACUGAAGCCACUGGAAUGCUGUGAGUUUCCUUUUGGUUCCAAGCAGAAGGAAGUCUGCAUCAACCCCUACCACUAUAAGCGAGUGGAAAGCCCUGUUCUCCCUCCAGUGCUGGUUCCAAGACACAGCGAAUAUAACCCUCAGCACAGCCUCUUAGCUCAGUUCCGAAACAUAGGACAAAAUGAGCCUCACAUGCCACUCAAUGCCACUUUUCCAGAUUCUUUCCAGCAGCCUAACAGCCAUCCGUUUCCUCACUCACCCGACAGCAGUUACCCAAACUCUCCUGGGAGCAGCAAUAGCACCUACCCCCACUCUCCCACCAGCUCAGACCCCGGAAGCCCUUUUCAGAUGCCAGCUGAUACACCCCCACCUGCUUACCUACCUCCUGAAGACCCCAUGGCCCAGGAUGGCUCACAGCCGAUGGACACAAAUAUGAUGGCACCUUCACUGCCCUCAGAAACCAACAGAGGAGAUGUUCAGGCAGUUGCUUAUGAGGAACCCAAGCACUGGUGCUCCAUUGUCUACUAUGAGCUCAACAAUCGUGUGGGUGAAGCGUUCCAUGCCUCCUCCACAAGCGUGCUGGUGGACGGGUUCACUGAUCCUUCCAACAACAAGAACCGUUUCUGUCUUGGGCUGCUGUCCAAUGUUAACCGGAAUUCCACUAUUGAAAACACGAGGCGGCACAUUGGAAAAGGCGUCCAUCUGUAUUACGUUGGUGGAGAGGUGUAUGCCGAGUGCCUCAGUGACAGUAGCAUCUUUGUGCAAAGUCGGAACUGCAACUACCACCAUGGAUUCCAUCCCACUACCGUGUGCAAGAUCCCUAGUGGGUGUAGUCUGAAAAUUUUCAACAACCAAGAAUUCGCUCAGUUACUGGCACAGUCCGUGAACCAUGGUUUCGAGACCGUCUACGAGCUCACCAAAAUGUGUACUAUCCGCAUGAGCUUUGUGAAGGGCUGGGGAGCAGAAUACCACCGCCAGGAUGUCACUAGCACCCCCUGCUGGAUCGAGAUACACCUCCACGGCCCCCUACAGUGGCUGGAUAAAGUUCUUACUCAGAUGGGCUCGCCUCAUAAUCCCAUCUCUUCUGUGUCUUAAAUGGCCCCAGGCUUCUGCCUCUUGAAGACUUUUGAGCCUUGCAUGUACUUGAAGGAUGGAUGAGUCAGACAUGAUUAAGAACUAUCGAAGGAACCUCGAUAGUACUUGACCUCACGACCAACUGUUGGAUUCCAAAAUUCAAGAGAUUAAAUAAAAUAAAAUAAAAAAAAACAGAAAAAACCCUUGGUAACAUACUGUUGAUCUCAAGAACCUGUUUAGUUUCCAUUAUAACAUUCUAUUGUAAAAUAAACUAAAAUACCGGCUUGUAGCAGGACUUUGUGUAUAGUUUAGAAAGAUGGCUAAGCCGGAGACAAAUCCCUCUAUCGGAAAACUACCCUACGAGAUUCUUUUGUGUUUGACACGGUGAGGCCAUCAUUUGGCAGAGGUUAGUAUUCAUAGAGUAGUGUGUCUUUCUGAAGUGGGUUUUUAUCAGGUGUGGAGCCCAUGUUGAGUCUUUUUUGCCAUGGGCUUUCAUAAUAUUUUUAAAGCAUUUGUUUAGUAUUGGUUUUUGAUUAUUUGUUAAUUUGUUGAUUUUUUUGUAAACAAAGGUUAAUCUUGAUGAUCUAUGUAGUAAACGUUCUAAAAUUGUAUGCUGAUCAUACUGCUGUCAAAAUAAUGUUAGGCAUAUGCUCUUUGCUAAAUAUGUGUGUACAGAGUAUUUGGGAGUUAAGAGUUGGUUAGAGUAGAGGACCUAGGAGUAUAUGUGGGGGUUGGGCGGGAGAGGGAAGGCGGCAACUGAAAAUGUAGAAUAUACUGUAAAUUUCAGUUGGUUGCUUUAAAGAAACAAGCUGAUGCCUGAAUUUUGCUGUUUGUUUAUUGGAGUUUCUAUCGUGCCUUUUAAUUUCCCCCCGUUGUCUUCUAGUUCAUCUCCUCAAAAGCAGUUACGCAGCUGCUUAGUUCAUAUAACUGAGAUCAAAUGAGUGAUUCCUGUGCUAUUCCGACAUGGAUUUCCUAUCUCUUUCGAUACCCAUUAUCUGGAAUGUUUAAAUUUAAUAAGCCAUUUUAUGGGGUUUAGUUUAUAUGAAUUUUCAAGGGAAUUAUUUGCCAAACCUAGUUAUUCUUAAAUCUUUGCAAGAUUUUAAAGACCAUCCCUGUGUAAAUCCAUUAGACUGGAACAUUUUUUUGUACUAUGUUUGGUUUUCUUUUUCUUCUGCUAAUCUUUUAUAUUCACUUACGCUCUCGAACACUGAGAAUUUUUAUUCCAAAACUCAUGGGUUUUCUCUACUGGAAAAUUUAAAUAAACCAGACCUUAUUGCAUA